ACCCAAAACUUAUCUCACUGUACUCAUAAUCUUUCAGAACCUCUGUACUUGAGAGGUUCUGGGCAUAACUUUUUGAAGCAGAGUCGUCGGCAAAACUUGAAAUACUCCAAUUCUUAGAAUAAAGUUUUGGGUGGUGGUGCUUGUGUAUGCCAUUCUGUCAUGCUAGGCACUUCACCGCGGCCACGACCGACUUUGGUGCAUUCCGACGAAGAAAUUUGGGAUGGCGUUCUGCUAGACCUAGAUGUAGAGGAGAUAGCUAACGGCCUGCUCCAUGCCUCUGAAGAGUCUCCUCCUGUACCAAGUAGAUUUUCUUCUUUGGAGCAAUACAAUGCUGAGAACCAUGCGAAUAACGCUGAAGUUGCUAGCCAUUUCCAAAGAGAUGCGAAACUGGUUGAUGUUAGUGCUCCGAUGCCGAAUGGGAAUGGUCGAUAUUCACCAGACGAGUCCUCCAUAGCCUUGUUGGAGCGUUCAACUGGUGGAUUCAGAUUCGAUCUGUACGAACCUGAAAAAGAGCCCGAAAAAAUCCAGAUUGAGCGAGGUACUCUGCUAAAGCCACUCUCGGAACUUGAUGAUCCGCGGGUGAUUGCCUAUUUGAAACGAGAACAAGGUGAACUUCGACGAAAGGAUGCCCUAUUGGGCCGUGAUGUCCUUUGCGCGAAUGUCUACGCUGUCGUACCGAAGACUAAUGUUAUGCGAUUGACUGACGAUCAAGCAAUGUUGCUUCUCGGCGUAUUGGACACCGAACGUCGUGUUCAACUUUACCACGAUUUUGAGUGGUUCGAUUUUAUCAGAGGUCUUGGCACAGGUGACAUCGUUCGCGUUGAGGAUUUUGACAAAAUGUACACCGGGCGUAUUAACAGAAUUGGUGAACGGCCGCGUUAUUAUGGUACAUGGUUCAAUGUAGAGAUUCCGAAUUGGGAUAUGAAUGGAUCGGAAUGGUCGGCACCACCACCACGAUAUAUUUAUGCGAAUGCGGGUCAAUUGCAUAAACCGACAAGUUCGACAGUGAUUGAAAACAGGGUAGCAAUGAAUAGUGAACCUCGUGUCAUACCGAUUCGUCGCAUCGAUACAUAUGAUGCUCCGCGACGUGGUACUGCAUCAACCGCCUCGGAAACCUAUGGCAAUGAACAACUCAUAUCCUGGAAUGAUGAUUCGCGAUACGAUAGAAGGCGAAAACCAGACUUCAUCGAUGCCUACGAUGAAGUGGAACCAAAUCAUUUUCGAGAACGAGAAAUUAGAGAUCGAGAGACACGACAUCGAAGCCGACCACUUCAAGCACCGGCAAGAAGCCAGAGUUCUCAUGCGGUAGCUGUUCAUGAGAGGACCUUCAGAGUUGACGAUCCUGUGAGCACUGGAGGAGCAAUGGUUGGUGAUCGUUGCGUAUGGGUUUCGGAUGGAGUGCAUCACAAAGGAACGAUAAAGUUCAUUGGACACUUGAAGGGGCAUAGCAAUCUUUAUGCUGGCGUUGAUUUUGAUGAAAAAGUUGGCAAAGGUACCGGAGUAUUCCAAGGUGAAGUUCUCUUCCAAACGCCGGAGAACCAUGCCGGCUUUGUGCUGCUUUCCGCGCUUGAAAUCAUCCCACGUUCACUGAACACUGGAAAUGCUUCCAAUCGUCAUAUUUCCAUGGUACAGAAACAGGCAUCAGCAGAAUCGCUUCGUGAUAUGCCAUCACCCCCUGUUCCACCACGGCCUAUAAUGAGAGCUGAAGACUACAUGAUUGAUUCGUUCACUGUUGGUAGUUGCGUGGAAGUAUGUCAUCUCGGUGCCUGUCGAUCCGGUGUCAUACGUUGGAUUGGCGACGCAAUGAGUGACGAUCAUGAUCACAUAGAACGAAGCGCAGUAGUUGAACUGGACGACGUAUCCCCGUCAGGAUGGCGGCCAGCCUAUGAAGCUCCCAUGUCUAGCGCAGCCGGUGUCGUAAAUGGAGUAUUAGUGCCAACUUCGGCUCUACGCCGGGAUCGUCGGGUCGAUCACGGUGGCUCGGUCGAUAACAAAGGCUCGCCCAAUCAAGCGCGAACGGACUUCGGAAGUAUUGAUAGCGGUGUGGAACCGGCAAAAUGUGAUCCAUGGCGUGUCACUGACGAUCUGGUGGGACGAAUGAAAGGCAUACAAGGGCACAGAAACAGCUGCUACCUCGAUUCGACGCUUUAUGCAAUGUUUGUGCAAAGCACAGCUUUCGACAGGUUACUUGAUCGACCACCAAAUCGAGAUGAUAUCCCGCAGUACAAGGAACUACAAAGAUUAUUGGCAACGGAAGUUGUGUAUCCAUUGAGAAAGUUUCAUUAUGUCCGAGCGGACCAUAUAAUGAAAGUUCGAGAAUUACUUGCGAAAGCGUUGCCUCAAAUGAGAGGGCUCACAAGUGAAGAGAAAGAUCCGGAAGAAGUACUAACCGCAUUGUUUGGCCAACUUUUGAAAGCACCACCUCUAGUAGAAUUGAUUAACCUAAAAGAUAACAAAUUGGAUCGUACAUAUCUCUGCCCGUUAAUUGUGGAUGAUUGGACGGCUGGCGUUGCGACCACACAGCAUUUACUAGAACGAUCUAUGCGUUCUGCGAAUGUGAAGUUUGCGUAUCCACCGAAAACUUUGAUCUUACAGCUUCCUCGAUAUGGCCAACAAAAGCUUUUUGACAAGAUUCUUCCAUUAGAACGUAUAGAAAUCACUGGAUUAGUGAAUAACGCUGUCCAAGCUUGUCAUGCAUGUAGUAAACCGGCAGAAGUGAUGUGUCCCGAGUGCUUUUUGUGCAAGAGGGUGACCCUUCCUGAGGUGUCUUACUGCGUGCCUUGCUCGAAUCGCGUUCACUCAAACGCUAAUGAGCAAGAUCACGUCGUACGGCUAUUCUAUCCGAGCGGUCGUCCCGUGAAGAAGCCUUCUUGUCAUCGAAUGGUGUUGUCGGCAGUGUUAUGCAUUGAAACGUCACAUUACGUUGCAUUUGUGCGUUCUCUAUCCGGACGGUGGCUGUUCUUUGACUCGAUGGCAGAUCGAGAAGGCCUCAGCGAUGGUUUCAAUGUGCCACAGGUCAAAGACUGUGACAAGAUGUCGUUCUGGUUGUCACAGGCUGGUUGGGAACGACUACGAGAUGCCGACGAAGCGGGAACCAUGAAGACAAUGCUUGGCAAAGGUAGCGAUGUGGAUCCAUUGGUAACACGAUUGCUGAGCGACUCGUACAUUUGCUUCUACCAUGAGGAACCUUCUAGUCACAAUACAAAUUCCUCUACAAAUCUACUAAAUAACAUGAUACAAAAGGUUGUAAAACCUCUUACAUAAAUCAAAUUAGCAUAUGCGAGGUGUUUAUGCGGAUCUAGUGUGAAGUAGUAUGAUUUUUGAAUUUAUCAAACUGACUGUAUUCAAUCGUCUAAGCCGUGUAUAUUAGUAGUGAGUUGAUGCUGUGCAUGUGUAGCAUCUGUGGUCUUUCUCCAAUGUAUAUUUUUUCGAACUUUAUUUCGCUUACAUACUAUCCUCCCCCUUUCCACCUUGAAUCAGGCUGCAUUUAGAGCUGCCCGCGCAGCGCCGUAUUGGCGUCAUGAAUUUCGCUGGCGCGAUCGAUAAUAAGCAGCGCGCUUGUGGGUUCUGGCACGGCGCUGGCACGGCACCGGCACAUGGGCAACUCUAAACGCAGAACUAAACUUAAAUAAGAUAUCAAAAAGCAUUAACAAAACUUUGUCCUGAUGCGAGUGUGAUUAGCUGACUAGACUAUUCAUAACUUUUAAGAGAUUAGUGCAUAUCCUUAUUCGAUGUUUGCGGUGAAAACAUCUUCUUAUUCUCAACUGUGUCAAAAUCAACUGUAUCCAAAAAUGAUUUUCCUAACACUAGUGUUAUUCUUCCUUUGUGUUUUUCCUGAAUUGAAAGGAGCUUUUAAUGCACAUCAAACAAUUUGAGAUUAUUUUCAUUAAAUUCUUUUCACACGGUGAUAGUAGUGAUUUCAUCUGACUUGACUUUGAUUAUCAUUCUGUGCUGAUAAUAUAACUUAUAACAUAUAGUGAUGCUUUUGUCAACGCCGGUCGCCUCUUGUUCUAUUUGUUUGCCACAGUUAACGGGAUCAAACAUUGCAUAUUCAAGAAGAAAUGAAGAUUUGAACAUU